CAAGUGAAAAAACGCGCAAGACGACUCGCAAAUCAACGACUGUUUUGAUGUCAUGCUCCAUCUUUGCUACAAAUUGUAGUGUCAUUCGUUUGUACGUAUCAGCGUUUACAUUUCCAGACUGCACUAAAUACAGUAAUGGCUCUAUUAAUAGACAAUGGAAAAGGACAUUUGCCUGAUUAUGAAGUGCAAGGAGCAAGAACAGUGAGCUUUACUCCGUAUGCUGACAAUGGAGGGAGUGUAGUGGCUCUUGCAGGCAACGACUUCUGUGUCAUUGCUGCAGACACACGUCUUAGUACAGGAUUUUCGAUUUACACCCGGCAGCAGGACAAGUUAUUCCCACUGUCAAAAACUACUAUUUUAGGAUGUUCUGGUUGUUGGUGCGAUACUUUGACUUUAACUCGUCUCUUGUCUGCUCGUAUGCAGAUGUACAAGCAUGAACAUCAAAAAGAAAUGUCAACCCCAGCAACUGCACAGAUGCUUUCAACAAUGCUGUAUUAUAAAAGAUUCUUUCCAUAUUAUGUCAGUAAUAUACUUGCUGGAUUAGAUGAAAAUGGAAAAGGAUGUAUAUAUAGCUAUGAUCCUAUUGGACAUUGUGAAAAAACUACAUACAGAGCAGGUGGCUCAGCUGGCGCACUUUUGCAGCCACUUCUCGAUAAUCAAAUUGGAUACAAGAAUCAAGAAGGCAUCACUCCUGAGAGCUUAACUCAAGAAAAAGCUGUGGCUAUUCUAAAGGAUGUUUUUACAUCUGCAGCUGAAAGAGAUAUAUACACAGGUGAUGGGAUAACUAUCAAAAUUAUUACCAAGGAUGGAAUACAAGACACUAGUUUCGCGUUGAGGAAAGAUUAGUGGACGAAAAGAAACGUUUAUAUUAUGGAAUCUACAUAAAUAAAAUUGAGUAUUCAAGAAUUUAUAAUUUUUUUCUUUUUCAAUUUUUUUUUCUUGUAUAUUCUUUGAGGACAGCACUGAGAAAAAGAAGUGCAGAUACUGAAUAUGAAGAUCAUCCUAAGGAAUAGUUCGUAGAAAACGCUUGUAUGGAAAAGAGAUAUAAAUAUACAGUGUUGUCUCAA